CCAGCAUGGCGGCGUAUGUAGUGAUCGGUCGCUUUAGCUCUGCAGGUAGUUUAAGGAUUAAUUCGAUCUUACGGCCCCAUGGUAAUAAUUCUAUUUACGUAUGGCGUAGGUAUCUAAACGUUUCAUCAAACAAGCUCUCUUACCCACCCGCGGUACGGUUGAUUUGCCCCAAAAAGCUGUUUCCAAGUCGUCAUCAUGAUAACCCUCUGCUGAAACAAUUGCCGCACGUUAAGCUUCUUCAGAGAAACGUUCAGCUAGGCAAGCCGAGGAAAUGCUUCCACCCUGGUGCUUCGACGCUAUUGCCCGCUCAGAUCGGCGUCUCUUUAGAAACUGUCAGCAGCUGGUCCAUCAUCAAACAGAUGUUUGUUUAUCUCUGGCCAAAGGAUAAGCCGGAGAUCCGAAAACGAGUCAUCGUAGCCUUGGGUAUAUUAGUCUUGGCUAAGGUGAUCAAUAUCGAAGUGCCAUUUAUCUUCAAAGCUGCUAUUGAUUACCUCAAUGAACAAACGGGGAGUCAUCUUUCUCUCGAAGAUGCAUCAAGCACUCUAACGUCAGCAGCUUUUGCAAUUCUUGUUGGCUAUGGUCUGGCAAGGGCUGGUGCAUCGGGAUUCAAUGAACUCAGGAAUGCUGUGUUCGCCAAGGUGGCCCACCAUUCCAUACGAGAGGUGGCCCGACGACUCUUCUUGCAUCUCCACCAACUGGACCUGAACUUCCACCUGUCUCGGCAGACAGGUGCCCUCUCCAAAGCCAUUGACCGUGGGACGAGAGGCAUCAACUUUGUCCUUUCUGCGCUGCUGUUCAACAUUGUGCCAACUAUCUUCGAAGUAGCACUCGUUAGCACUGUAUUGUAUUACAAGUGCGGAGGGAAGUUUGCUGCGGUGACACUGGGAUGCAUUGGGACAUACAGCGUCUUCACGUUCGCCAUAACCCACUGGAGGACAAAGUUCCGCAUAGAAAUGAACAAAGCAGAGAACGAAGCCGGAGCACAGUCGAUCGACUCGCUCAUAAACUACGAGACAGUGAAGUACUUCAACAACGAGAAAUACGAGGUAGAAAACUAUGACAGGCUCUUGGCACAGUAUCAGGAGGCCUCCCUGAAGACAACCACCAGCUUAGCACUUCUGAACUUUGGUCAGAAUGCCAUUUUCAGUGCAUCAUUGUCGGCAGUCAUGGUGUUAGCAAGUCAGAACAUCCUGAAUGGCACUAUGACAGUAGGUGAUCUGGUGAUGGUUAAUGGGCUGCUGUUCCAGUUGUCACUGCCACUGAACUUCCUUGGUUCAGUCUAUCGGGAAGUGAAGCAGUCAUUGAUUGACAUGCAGACAAUGUUUGUUCUCAUGAAGCUAAAGACGCCAAUUCAGUCUAAGCCAGGAGCUCCCCUACUGGUAGUCACUCCAAGCACGGCCACAGUGGACUUCGAGAAUGUGUCUUUCGGCUACGUCGAGGGGAAGCCCAUUUUGAACAAUCUCAGCCUGUCCAUCCCAGCUGGCAAGAAAGUGGCACUAGUUGGCGGCAGCGGCACAGGCAAGUCAACUGUCAUCCGGCUGUUGUACCGGUUCUUCGACCCAUCAGAUGGACGCAUCCUGAUCAAUGGCCAAGACAUCAAGACAGUAGACCUUGACAGCCUAAGGAAAGCAAUAGCUGUUGUGCCUCAAGACGCAGUGCUGUUCUACAACACCAUUGAGUACAACUUGCAUUACGGCGACUUUUCGCGCUCCCUGGAAGAUGUGCGGCAGGCAGCCAACAUGGCCGAGCUGCAUGACUCCAUCAUGGCCUGGCCCAAGCAAUAUGCCACCCAGGUUGGGGAGCGGGGGCUCAAGCUCUCUGGUGGAGAGAAGCAGCGUGUGGCCAUUGCACGUGCCAUCCUCAAGAACAGCCCCAUCCUGGUGUUUGACGAGGCCACCUCCUCCCUCGACUCGAUCACCGAGCAUAAAAUUAUGAUGGCACUCCAGCGGGCAUCACAAGGUCGUACAUCCAUCUGCAUUGCCCACCGCCUUUCCACCGUGGUGGACGCCGACGAGAUCUUGGUGCUCAGUGAUGGCAAAGUGUGCGAGCGAGGAAAUCAUCGCAGCCUUCUGGCAAACUCAUCCAGUUUCUACAGCAUGCUCUGGAACCAGCAGCACCAGCCCCACCGGGAGAAUGUGUGAUGGAACAAUUGCAAAGUUAGUUGCAAAUCAAAUGGCAGGGUGCAAGACU